AUGCAGAAUCCUAUAUUCGUGUUUGCACUGGUAAUCAGCUGUGUCAUUGGCACUGUUUUCCUCUGGCUAUCCCCUUUUACCAAGGUUGAGGAGUCCUUUAAUAUCCAAGCAGCCCAUGAUAUAUUAAAGUACGGGGUGCCCUCGCUGGGUAACCCUUUGCCUGUACUUAAUCAAUAUGAUCAUGUUAGCUUCCCUGGCUCUGUCCCAAGGACGUUCGUUGGUGCCGUCCUUUUAGCUGGUGUUGCUCAGCCGGUGAUACGGAUCACAGGAGGUGACCCUCAAGCCAUAGUGCGCGGGGUUUUGUGGUUCAUCAACUUCCUUGCUUUAGGAGGGUUUGCUGGUACCUUAAGUAGGGCAUUCGGACCGACUACUGGGAUAUGGUAUCUCCUGUUCCAAAGUAGUCAGUUCCAUGUCAUGUACUACGCCUCGAGAACCCUUCCGAAUAUGUUUGCGCUACCUAUAACUACGUUUGCCUAUUCCCUUUUCGUGGCAUGUCUACAUGCACAACAAAGUGGGCGUAUAAGCAGGAAUUACCGAUUAUCGCUCUACCUGCUCACUAUUGCAGGAAUUAUUUUCCGGUCUGAAAUCGCCGUCUUACUGGGUACAACGACGGUGUAUCUAUGGGCUCAGGGACGGAUAGGGCUACGCCGGGAAAUAAUCCCAGCAGGCGUUGGUGGUGUUUUAAUUGGCCUUACGAUCACCGUACUGAUCGAUUCAUUCUUUUGGCAGAAAUUCCCCCUCUGGCCUGAAUUGACUGGUUUUGUAUACAACGUGCUCCAGGGGAAGGCUUCCAACUGGGGUACCGACCCGUGGCACCAUUACUUUACCAGUGCUUUACCUCGUCUCCUUUUAAACCCGCUGGUCUAUCUUGUUUGUAUUCCCCUUGCUUGCCUCAUUCAUCCGCUACGUCAAGCUACUCGCUCCAUCAUCAUCCCGCUCGUCAGCUUCAUUGCUGUGAUGAGUCUUCAACCGCAUAAGGAAUGGCGCUUUAUCAUCUACACAAUACCCCCAUUGACCGGAGUUGCUUCCCUUGGGGCAUCAUACAUCUGGGCUCGCCGUGCGAAAUCCAUUAUUUACGGCCUUCUUUCAACCGCGCUUGUCCUUUUAACCCUGGCCUCGUUCGCCAUCUCAUUCCUCGUUCUCCUACCCAUCUCCAUGGCCAACUACCCAGGCGGAGCAGCCAUGAAGCAAGUGCAUAUCCUCGCUCAUAACUCUCAACCAGUCAUCACGGUACACAUGGACACAUAUACAUGCCAGACUGGAGCAACUCAUUUCUUAGAAAUGCCGAUUCCCAGGUCUCCAAUGGUUCAUCUACCCGGCUCGAACGCUGGCGGGUUUCCAGAACUCAAAGCAGGAGAAUCGAGGUGGAUAUAUGACAAGACGGAAGAUGAACUUGAAAAGAGAGAUUCUAAAUUCUGGGAUGGAAUUGACUAUGCCCUUGUUGAAGAUGAGACUGUUCUUCAGGGGAUGGGUGACUGGAAACCUAUUGAUAAUGCCUAUGGAUAUGAUGGAGUCCGUAUUAUUCGACCAGGUACUGACGACUGCUAUGCGUGUGGUGUCGAGACCAUUAUUCUGCGGAAGUUCUUUGGGGAUACUGGAGUUGAUUAUUGGGAGGCAAUAAAAGCAGGUGCAAGAAAGCAUAUCACGCGUGGCUGGUGGGUGGAAGCUCGAUUGGCUCCAAAGAUCAGAAUCAUGAAACACAUUAGAUAA